AUGUCCAUCCUUUCGAGCCUCAAGAAGUCGAGGCAGUCGGCCAAGGAGCACAACAAAAAGGAGGCCGAGAAGGCUUCAGAGGAGCACAAGCAGGUGCCGUAUCGCCAUGUUCCUACGCACGCCGCCAUUGACGCCCUCGCGGCCGCCCCCUCGAGCUGGAAGCAUGACGACCGACCAAAGAUUCUCGAGCAGAACCGACGAAGGAGUGCCAUGGCCACGUCCAACCUAGGCACGAAAAUGCCAGGACCAGGAGGACUCCCUCGUGUUGGCAGCAGCCUUUCUCACGUCACUUACCCCUCGGUGCACGCCAACCCGAUGCGACACAUGCCCAGAGCCUACAGCUACAACGGCGUCCCACCAAUGCCUGCUUGGGGCGGAGAUCGCUCCACCACCGUCAAUUACUCGGUACCUGAUCUCGCCCUGCCGUCCAUCAAGGGCAAAGAGGUUGAGAGGCUGCCUAUGUUCGAAUCAGGGCGGGCGAGCUCUUUAUCCAGCAAAG